CUCUCUGUGACUCUACCUUUGGGCUCCGCGCGUUUUAAUGCGAUGGUGUCCCCACAGGACCAAAUUUCACCGUCACAGCUGGGGACUGGCUUCACAGUCCCCGAUGGGAGAGCAUGAGCAGGUGGUAUGUGCAACCCUCUUCUGGCCGGCCUACCCCUGGACCCUGACUGCUCCGUGCCUUGCUACUGCUCACAUCCCUCACCCUCCAACGAGUGUUUGCCUGCUAACAAGAAGUGUGACAAGUGCUGGGGCUCUUCCUCAGACAAGACCUUGGAAUAUACUUUUCACUGGUCCAGGACCCUAGAACCAGAGACCUUGGAGCCCCCUGCAUCUGAGAACACAGCCACAAUUGGUGACUGGAGGCCAGGGAGGGAUCCGGGGCCUCAGUCAAAUGGAUCUCCCCCACUCCCCUACUCAGAAUCACAGGAGCACUGUAAUGACCAGGACCUUCCAAAGAGGCAUCACAGCAACGCUAAGAAGUCCUCGGAGACCGGCUCUUCCAAAGCCAAAGUUAAGCCCACCGUGAUGAUCCCCGACUCCCAGAAGCUUCUGAGAUGUGAACUGGAGUCACUCAAGAGCCAGCUACAGGCCCAGACCAAGGCUUUUGAGUUCCUAAACCACUCAGUGACCUUGUUGGAGAAGGAGAGCUGCCUGCAGCAAAUCAAGAUCCAACAGCUUGAAGAGGUGCUGGCCCCCACGAGCCGCCAGACAGACAAGGAGGGGCACAAGUGGGACUUGGAGGAGGGACGGCAGGAGCUAUAUGGGGCCCUGGCUCAAGGUCUGCAAGGGCUACAGAAGAGCCUGCGUGAUAGCGAGGAGGUGCAGCGGGCCCGCACCACCCGCUGCCUGCAGCUGCUGGCCCAGGAGAUCCGGGACAGCAAGAAGUUCCUGUGGGAGGAGCUGGAGCUGGUGCGAGAGGAGGUGACCUUCAUUUAUCAGAAGCUUCAGGCACAGGAAGAGGAAAUCACACAGAACCUGGUGAACAUCCAAAAGAUGCAGAAGACACAGGUGAAGUGUCGCAAGGUCCUGACCAAGAUGAAACAGCAGGGGUAUGAGACAUCCAACUGGCCAGAGACUGAGGAGUUGAAACCAGGAGGCAGUGGCUCCUGGAGGGAUGACCUCCAGAAGGAACUGGGUGACAUAUGGUCUGCUGUGCACGUGCUACAGAACUCCUUUGAUGGCCUCGCCAUAUCCUCAGGGGGCCGCCCCAAGGCCGCAAGCCUCAGGGGUUAUAAGGGGCACCGAUGCCUGAGCCCUCCACUCCCUUCCUGGGACUCAGACUCAGACUCAGACCAGGACCCUUCCCAGCCACCGCUCAGCAAGAGCCGCUCCUUCCCACCUGGUGUGGAUCCUCCCCUGCCUCACCCCAGCCUUCCCCUCCUGGCCUGCCCUGGAAUCCCACACCUGAGCAGCUGGGACUGCUCUCCCGAAGACCCCUCCAGAGAGAAAAUAAACUAGCUGAGAC